AUGGGUCAGUUCUCAGAAGCCGUUAUCGAUUUGGCGGGGUCGUUGCGCAGGACUCAGAAGAGAGAAGAUGCUUCGACGGGUGGUCUGUUGACCGGUCAAGACCCCAGUGUAUUCGAUAAGACGGAUCCCUUGAAGAUGUUCAUUAUCCAGCUCGGUGUGAUUAUGUUGAUGACCCAGCUUCUGGGCUUGUUCCUGCGUAGAAUCAAGCAGCCUAGAGUUAUCGCAGAAGUCAUUGGUGGCAUCUUGCUUGGACCCACUGCUUUCGGCCGCAUCCCUGGCUUCACGCAACACAUCUUCCCUUCGGAGGCAUCUUCGUAUCUUUCCCUUGUGGCCAACAUCGGUCUUUGCCUGUUUCUGUUCCUUGUUGGAAUGGAAAUCGACGGUGCCAUCGUCAAACGCAACUACAAGACGUCCACUAUCAUCGCCAUAGCAGGCAUGGCCCUCCCGUUCGGUCUUGGCGCGGCGCUCUCGGUGCCACUCUACCACACCUUUAUCUCCAGCACCGUCAAGUACACGAACUUCAUGCUCUUCACGGGUGUCGCGUACUCCAUCACCGCGUUCCCUGUCCUCUGUCGUAUCCUCACCGAGCUGAAGCUCCUCGACACGAACGUCGGUAUCAUCGUGCUUUCUGCUGGAGUGGGCAACGACGUCGUCGGAUGGAUCCUCCUCGCACUCAGUGUGGCCCUCGUCAAAGCUGGCUCUGGUCUGACGGCUCUUUGGAUCUUGCUCGUCUGUCUCGCCUGGGCGAUGUUUCUGUUGCUGGUGGUGAGGCAUGCGAUGUACUGGCUCGCGCGUCGUACCGGCUCCAUCGACAAUGGCCCUACUGUGUUCUUCAUGACUGUCACGUUCUUGCUUAUGUUCGGCUCAGCAUUCUUCACGGACAUCAUUGGGGUUCAAGCGAUCUUCGGCGCAUUUUUGGCGGGUCUCAUCAUACCGCGGGAAGGUGGACUAUGUAUCACACUGACCGAGAAGCUGGAAGAUAUGGUGCAGAUCAUCUUCUUGCCAUUGUAUUUCACGCUCUCUGGUCUGAACACCAAUCUCGGACUGCUCGAUGACGGCAUCACUUGGGGUUACACUUUCGCCAUCAUCGCCCUUUCGUUCUGUGGCAAAUUCGGCGGUUGUGUCUCCGCGGCUAAGCUACUCGGCUUCUCAUGGCGCGAGUCCAGUGCGAUCGGUUCGUUCAUGAGUUGCAAGGGUCUGGUCGAGCUGAUUGUUCUCAAUGCCGGCUUGACCGCGGGGAUCCUCACACAACGGGUGUUCUCGAUGUUCGUGCUUGAGGCACUCGUGCUCACAUUCAUGACGACACCGCUGGUCAACAAGUUCUACCCGCCCAGUAUGCGCAUUCGCGCCGGCCGCAGCGGGAACUUGGAGCUCAGGGCAUCGCCUUCGCUCUCUGAAAUUGGUGAGAUCUCCAGCGGUGGUUUGACCAAAUCCGAAAUCGCACAGUCGACGCCAUCGAAUGGGCUGGACAGUGAUCAGGAGCUGAAGACGCGCUUCACGGUGAUAUUGGACAAGAUUGAACAUAUCCCUGGUAUGAUGGCCCUCAUGCAGUUGAUCCAGCCACCGUCAGCGACGACGGAAGGCGCUGAUCCCAACAAGCGCAAGAGCCUCAUGGACAAUAAGCGUCCGCAAGCUCAAGCGCACCAACGCACGGGCAACGUGUCUGUGGACGCGCUCCGCCUGAUCGAACUUUCCGACCGAACGUCGGCCGUCAUGCGUUCAUCCAACGCGGAUGUGCUGAUCAACACCGACCCGCUCCUGAACAUCUUCAGCACCUUUGGCGACCUCAAUGGCAUCUCGGUCUCCUCGUCGCUUGCGAUCGUCACCUACGACGACCUUUCGUCCAGCGUCACAGAGCACGCUCAGAGACACAAGUCUCAGCUGGUACUUGUGCCAUGGCUCCCGCCGCAACAUAGCACGGAACACGGCGGCAUGACAGUCACCUCAGGUGAUGGCGCUGAGGCAGCUCCGUCGAGCCCCAAGGUAGCGACCGCAUAUAUGGCCAACCCCUUCGAGACGCUCUUCCGCGGAUCGGGCUCCGGUGGGAACCAGUCGCCUUCCGCGUUGCACUCGCACUUCGUCCGCAACAUCUUCGCGAGUGCGCAGACCGAUGUCGCCCUGUACAUCGACAGGCAUCAUCCUGGUGAAUCGACGUUGCCCAUGCUCAACAGCCAACAACACAUCUUCCUGCCGUUCUUCGGUGGCCCGGACGACCGCUUGGCGCUCAACUUUGUCGUGCAGCUCUGCGCGCAUCCGAGGGUGACCGCGACGGUCGUACGGGUGACGAGGAAAGCGUUCGACGAGCUGGAGCAAGUCGAUUCGAUGGGCAAGCCGCAUAUUGCUCACCUAGGCGACGAGCGGCCUAACGAGGCGACGGUGCACACGACGACCGCGUUCCCAGACACGGUGUACGGCGCGCACACGACGCAGACGCGCAUGCAGUCCGAGACCGCGGACAACGUCAGCUGGUCCCGCUAUGCCUCCCCUGAGCAGGACGACUCCCCGCUGUCUGUUCCGUUGUCCCGCAUCGAGUUCUCGGAGAUCCGUACGCCGACUCCUCUGCACACGGUGUUCGAGUACGUCACCAACAUCACGGAGUCGGCAAACGAACGUCGGUGCCGACCCAUGGUCGUCCUCGGCCGUUCGCGACGUCUGGCUGUCGAAAACCACCACAGCGAGCUCAAGCAGCUGAUGGAGCAGCACGGUAGCUUCGGCAGCGAGGUGAAGAAGACGGUGGGAGAUGUGUCUGCGGCCCUCAUGGCGACGGGCUGCAAGGCCAGUAUUGUUGUUCUCCAGGCAUCGAAUGUCGCCCAAGAUUGAUGACUGCAUGAGUUCCCAAUUUCAUUGUUUGGUUAGGUGUCUCGUCAACAACCUCUCACGAUACCUGCAUUUCACCCGACUCCCAUGAUGACACGCCUCGAUCCUUAAAGUUCCCGGGUUCACCGUCACAACAUACCCUCGUUUCAUUGUCCAUAGUCGGAUUUAGUGUAGCACGCCCACCAUAGAGUAUGUACCAUAUCAAUAUAAACAUCAUGGAACGUGCGGUGGUGAGAUGGAGACGGACAGCGACAUAUCAGAAACAAGAUGACGAACAGAGAGAGAAGUACAGGGAUGAGAACACAGUAGGACAACAUCUCGGUACUACUCUUUGCUCUUCUUCUUCUUCUCCUUUUUCUCCUUCUUCUCCUUCUUUGAGGACUCGUCGCCCUCGGCAGCCGCCUUCUCCUGCUUUUUCUUCUCCUUUUU